ACCGGAGUCCGUCCGCUUAUCAAGCGUGUGUCUGGGCGUGUUUCACUUCCAGCUCUGCCUCCACGCACGGAGCACAUCGCGUUACAUCUCGGCGAAACGACCCUCAGACACUCGGAGCUUGUUCGUGCGUCGUUACCAUGGUGACGGCCGGCGGCAGGAGCAGACGAAGGGUGGACGCCGACCGGAGAAGCGGGCAGCUGCGGCGAAAGUACAAACCGGUAAAGCGCUCCAAGACCGGGGUUCGACCGGGGAACCGAAAAAAGAGCAAAGUAGCCCGGCCGAGGAAGUCUGGACCGUCCAAAGAGCUAAUUGCCAAGCGUAAAGGACAGAAUCGCAUUGGUUCGGGAACACGUCGGGAUGGAGGUGCCAGAUCGACGAGGACCGUUAAGAGGAAAUCUUCAAAGAUUCAGAAAUCUCCAGGUGGCAGGCGAAGUGUCCAGAAAAAGAAUGGGGAGAGGAAGAGUGGGGAGAGGAAGAGUAUGCAGAAAAAGAGUGGGCCGAGGAAGAGUGGACAGAGAAAGAGUGAGCAGAGAAAAAGUGGUCAGAGAAAAAGUGGGCAGACAAAGAGUGAGCAGAGAAAAAGUGGUCAGAGGAUAAGUGGAGGGAGGAUAAGUGGACAAAGGAAGAGUGGGCAGAGGAUAAGUGGACAAAGGAAGAGUGGGCAGAGGAUAAGUGGGCAGAGGAGGAGUGGUCAAAGGAGGAGUGGGCUGAGAAGAAGCACCAGGCCGACCAAACUGACCAGCAGAUACCAGGCCCCCAACAUGUUCAAUGGCAUCAGCACCAACUCAGUCCUGAAGGAGAUGGACAACAUGAAGAAGAAAAGGCGCCUCAGUAGCAACAAGGAAGGAAAGAUCUACUCUAAAGCCCAGAGGACAAGAACUCCGGUACCACAGAGAGAGUUCACUGACAGCGAGGAUGGCAAUGGUAUGACCGUGGACGAGGACAGCAGGCAGGCAGUGACUGCAGAUGAAGACAGUAACUGCAGCGCAAACCAGAGCUUUGACGCCAAAAUGAGCCGAGCCUCAUCGCUCUACCAGGGACCCAGCAGCGAGUUUCUGAAAGGAACCUUCCGGAUUAGUGCUUCAGGACCAAACACAAGCCGCAGAGGAGCCUUCAGACCCACUAAGAGUGCUUGGUCCAGUCAGUCUGAUGAGGACGACGACUCUGAUGACGAAGACGAAAAAGCCUUGAACAGCUGUCGCCCUCUCGGCCUGCAUUCAGAGGAUCUUCUGGGGACUCGCAGAGACAAGAUGGCCUCAGGAGCAGGUCUUGCAGACAUUGAUCCAAUGGCCAUCGAUCAAUCCGUGGGUUUUGACAGCAUCGGAGGUCUGUCGGGUCACAUCUCAGCUCUGAAGGAGAUGGUUGUAUUCCCACUUCUCUACCCUGAGGUCUUCGACAACUUCAAGAUCCAGCCUCCCAGAGGUUGUUUGUUCUAUGGCCCUCCCGGGACGGGAAAAACUCUGGUUGCCCGGGCGUUGGCCAACGAGUGUAGCCAUAGCAACAGGAAGGUGACCUUCUUCAUGAGGAAGGGAGCCGACUGCCUCAGCAAAUGGGUGGGAGAGUCGGAGCGGCAGCUGCGGCUGCUGUUUGAACAGGCAUAUCAGAUGCGUCCGUCCAUCAUCUUCUUUGAUGAGAUCGAUGGUCUGGCUCCGGUCCGAUCCAGCCGACAGGAUCAGAUACACAGCUCCAUCGUGUCGACACUCCUUGCUCUGAUGGACGGUCUGGACAGUCGAGGUGAAGUCGUGGUGAUUGGAGCCACGAACCGGUUGGACUCCAUCGACCCGGCGCUGCGGCGGCCCGGACGUUUCGACAGAGAGUUCCUCUUCGGCCUGCCUGACAAAGAGUCUCGUAAAGAGAUCCUGAAAAUCCACACCCGGCAGUGGAAGCCUCCUCCUUCUGAAGACUUUCUGGAAGAACUGUCUGAGAAAUGUGUCGGUUACUGUGGUGCUGACAUCAGGGCAGUGUGCACUGAGGCAGCGCUGUGUGCUCUGCGGCGUCGCUACCCACAGAUCUACGGAACCUCCCAGAAGCUCCUGCUGGACGUCUCCUCCAUCGCCGUCAGCAGCUGCGACUUUGUGGCAGCCAUGAGGAAGAUGUCACCAGCUUCACACCGCUCCGGCGCCUCCCCCGCCAAACCUCUGUCCCCCGUGGUUCACCCGCUGCUGGGCGCUGCCCUGCGCGACAUCCUGGAGGCUCUGCAGAGGCUGUUUCCUCACGCUGAGCAGGGAAUGAAGAGGAAGAGAGAGCCAAAUCUGACUUCUGGUAUCCUUGACGACGGUCUGAUGUCUGAUGGAGACGAAGGCUCCACGACACCAAGCAUCUCAGCGCCCUCUACCUCCAAGGACAAAAACUUCCUAUACUUUGCCAGGAGUGCCGUCAAACAACCAACCUCAUAUCGGCCCAGAAUGCUCGUGGCGGGUGGCCCCGGUGCCGGUCAGACUUCCCACCUGGCUCCCGCUGUUCUACAUGCUAUGGAGCGAUUCACCGUCCACAGUCUGGACUCUGCUGUGCUGUUUGGAGUCAGCAGCACCUCCCCGGAGGAGGCUUGUGCACAGGUGUUCUGUGAGGCCAAACGGACGUCUCCCAGCAUCCUCUACAUCCCCCACAUCCAACAGUGGUGGGACACAGCAGGGCAGGCACUCAGAGCUUCUUUCCUCAGUCUGCUGGGCAGCAUCCCCUCUUUUUCCCCCAUCCUCCUCCUCGCCACCUGCAGUGUCCCUCGUCAGGAGCUCGACCCGGAGAUCCAGUGUCUGUUUCGGGAGGAGUACGGGGAAGUUUAUACCAUCAGUGCUCCCACCAAGCAGGAGAAGGUCAACUUCUUCCAGGACCUUAUUCUCAACCAGGCGGCCGAAGCUCCACCCUCCAAGAAAAAAGCAUUGACUCAGGACAUGGAGAUCCUUCCUGUUGCUCCCCUGCCUCCCCCCCGUCAGCUGUCGGUGCAGGAACGUCUCCGUGUGGAGCAGCAGGAAGAAGACGUGUUGCGGGAGCUCCGCCUCUUCCUGCGUAACAUUACCGAGCGCCUGAGUCUGGACCGUCGCUUCAAGGCCUUCACCAAACCGGUUGACAUCGAAGAGGUCCCAGACUACAUCUUGGUGAUCAAGAAGCCCAUGGACCUCUCCACACUGCUGACCAACAUCGAUGAGAGCAAGUACGUCACCGUCGGCAAGUUCAUGUCAGACGCAGACCUCAUCUGGCGGAACGCUCUCGAGUACAACCCAGACAGCGACCCUAUGGACCGCCACAUCCGUCACCGAGCGUACGCCCUCAAGGACACGAUACGAGCCAUCAUCAGGGACGAGCUGGACGAAGAGUUUGAGAGAGUCUGCGAGGAGAUCAGAGAGUCUCGUAUCAAGAGAGCUCUUUCAUUUGAGACCAAAGUCAGCCCAGUGGCCAACGGUGUCUGCAGAUCACUGUUCCCCAGAAACAGUCCUCAAGCUCAUAAGAAAAAACGUUACAAACCGCCCCGAAAGUCCAAAUGGAGUACUGGUGUCAUUCAGAAAUCAAAGAAGAAGAAGACCCCCACCCCAACCUCGAGUUCCUCCUCCACCAUGUCCAGCAAAGCCAGCUCUGAAUCAAGCAGAGAGGAGAGAAGAGGGGAGAUCAGUUCUGUUGGUCCAAGCUCAUCCAGCAUGUCAGACAGCAGCGACGGCGAGCCGGGCCACCUGAACGGCUAUGAUCACGGCUUAAACGGCGUCGCAGGAGCCCAAAAUGGAAUCCUCAUGAACGGGUACCAUCACAAACCUCUUCACAGAGUCGCAACAAGAAGGCUGAACCUCAGGCAUCGAACCCAGAGCUCAAAUACGAGACUGAACAGGAAUAAUUUGAACAAAUUAGGGAGGCAGAGAAAUUGUGAGACGAGAGCCACCAAAGCCGCCCUGGACCAGGUGCAGCUGUUCAGCAGAGACAGAUCUGUGGAGGUCGACAAGACGCCGUCGCUGGUCGUCGACCGCAGCAAACUGAAGGAUCUCCUGAACAGAGCUGUGGCCAAAACCGAAGGCGCUGAGGUGGAGCCGCUGGAGAAGCUUUACGCUCUGCUGGCUCAGUGCAUCUACAGACACAGAAACAACUACAACAAGACGGCGCUCAUAAAGGAAAUGAAGACAGAAAUCGACAGCUUCUCUUGAUCUACAUCAGGUCUAUUUUAAUAAAACCUCAGAGUAUUCAAAUACGCAGCUCUUUACUCCUCUUGCCUUGACAUUUUGUCCACGAAAACAUACCACCAAUCAAAAAUACCUCAGUAUUCAUUCCAUGACAUGGUAUUUAUUAUAGAGUAUUUAUUUAUGUGAUAUGUUUAUAAGAGAGUAAUAUAUAGAAUAAUAGCAGAUAUUACAUUUUAAUUUAAAGUUUUAAUAUUUAUGACUUUGCAGAGUGUUAAUUUAUUAAUGUUAUCAUGUUGUGAGUUUUAAUAAAAGUGUGAUUGGUGAGGAUA